AUGCCGAUUGCCUCCACAAGUCCCAACUUGCCGAUCCUCUUGUGGCUGGCAGUUCUCCUCGUCAGCCGCGCCGAUGCAGGCUGGCUCUCGAACGACCAGUCCUUCCGGUCUCAGGACUCGGCCGCCGACUUGCCCCACCGUGGCCGGCUGGGCUCGCAGAGUCUCGGACCGGCCGACGAGCUGGAGCCGUGUCCGGACAGAUGCAACACGACGCUGUGUCCGCCCAUCACAAAGUGCAACAUGGGCCUGGUGCGCGACCGAUGUGGGUGCUGCAGCAUAUGCGGUUUGGAGCAGGACCAACUGUGCAAUCUAGAGGCCGACCUGGUUCGGCUGAUGCGUGGCGGCCCGGGAGUCUCUGCCAACGCUUGGCAUGGCCGGUGUGGCGUGAAUCUGGAGUGCCGAGAGCGCUCCGAUGUCGACGCCAAUAUUGUCGGUCAGCAGAGCAUCUGCUAUUGCCUGAAAGACGGCCUCGUGUGCGGCUCGAACGGGGUCACUUAUUCCAGCUGCCAGAUGACCGCCGUUCAAGAGGCCGCAAACGGUACUGUUUUCAUGGUCAGUCAGGGGCCAUGCAAGUCAGGUGAGUCUUGUCAGAUUCUUCGGCUUUCUCCCCUUCCUUUGUGCUGCACUAACAAUACUAUCGCCUCAUAUUCAGGAAUUUUUAUCCAGCUUAACUUAAUCUGA